AUGAAGCUUCUCUGCAGUUCAUGCAGUAGUACUGGCCGAUACUCAACUGGGCAUAUCAAGAGACAGUUCUCUGAUAAUCCUUCCAAGAACAACGACAUCAAGAUUGGACUCAUCGUUGGAUUCACUCUCGCUGCCUUCUUGGCCAUCGUCAUUACCUUCUUGUACUUUUACUACGGUUCUGCGAGGUUUACUUUUAGGAAGAAGAAGAAACAUCACCGAACCCAUCAUCACCACCAGCAUCACCACCACCGUCAUGGGAGGCAUAAGUCACUCAGUAGUGGAGGGUCGAGACAUUCUGACAACAGUACUGCUCCUCCUGCCCCUGCUGAUGACUCUCCUCCGCCUAAGGAUAAACCAGCGGAUGGGUAA